AUGGCCCACCAGGGCACGUUCUGCUUCUUCCGCCUGGGGCUCCUGCUCGGCUCUGUGCUCGUGGCGGCCCCGGCGCCGGCCACUCCCGAGCCUCCUGGCUGCGGUGACAGGGAGCAUCAGGUGACCGUCAGCCACACCUACAAGAUCGACGUGCCCACGUCGGCGCUGGUGCAGGUGGAGGCCGACCCUCAGCCCCUCGGGGACGACGGCGCCCCGCUCCCGGCCCUGGGGGAGGCCGAGGAACAGAACAUCAUCUUCAGGCACAACAUCCGCCUGCAGACGCCGCGCAAGGACUGCGAGCUGGUGGGCGUGGUGCAGGGCCUCCUGGACCGCGUGGCGAAGCUGGAGGAGGAGACAGCGCGGGUGAGGGGGCAGUGUGCCGCCCAGCGGUGCUGCCCGGGAGCUGCCGGCGUGAGCCGCCACUGCAGCGGCCACGGGACCUUCUCCCAGGAGACCUGCAGCUGCCGCUGCGAGCAGGGCUGGGAGGGCGCCGACUGCGCGGAGCCGGCCUGCCCCGCCGCGUGCAGCGGCCACGGGCGCUGCGAGGACGGCCGCUGCCGCUGCGCCGCGCCCUACGUGGGGGCCGACUGCGCCUACCCCGCCUGCCCCGGGAACUGCAGCGGGCAGGGCGUGUGCGUGCGAGGCGUGUGCCAGUGCGACGAGGCCUUCACGUCGGAGGACUGCAGCGAGCAGCGCUGCCCCGGCGACUGCAGCGGCCACGGCUUCUGCGACACGGGCGAGUGCUACUGCGAGGAGGGCUUCUCCGGCCUGGACUGCGCGCAGGUGGACGCCCCCCAGAGCCUGCAGCUGCUCAAGAGCUCGGAGGACUCCCUGCUGGUGGGCUGGCAGCCCUCCGCCGAGGUGGACCACUACCUCCUCAGCUACCACCCGCUGGGCAAGGAGCUCUCCGGGAAGCAGGUCCAGGUGCCCAAGGAGCAGCACAGCUACGACAUCCUCGGUCUGCUGCCCGGGACCAAGUACAUCGUCACCCUGCGCAACGUGAAGAAAGACGUUUCCAGCAGCCCCCAGCACCUGCUGGCCACCACCGAUCUCGCUGUGCCGGGCACCGCCUGGGUGACGGACGAGACGGAGAGCUCCCUGGACGUGGAGUGGGAGAACCUGCCAACCGAGGUGGACUAUUACAAGCUGCUGUACGGCCCCGUGGCAGGGCAGGAGGUGGCCGAGGUCACCGUGCCCAAGAGUAGCAACCCCAAGAGCAGAUACGACAUCACCGGUCUGCAGCCCGGGACGGAGUACAGGAUCAUAGUCGUGCCCGUGAGAGGAGACCUGGAGGGCAAGCGGAUGCUGCUGACCGGCAGCACAGAAAUUGACAGCCCGACCAAUGUGGUCACGGAGCGAGUGACUGAAGACUCGGCGACGGUGUCCUGGGAACCUGUCCGGGCUGUCAUCGAUAAGUACGUGGUGCGCUACACCUCCGCCGGCGGGGAGACGAGGGACACGGUGGUGCCCAAGGAGCAGAGCAGCACCGUCCUGACGGGCCUGCGGCCGGGGGAGGCGUACCGAGUGCACGUGUGGGCCGAGAGGGGCAGCCAGGAGAGCAAGAAGGCCGACACCACGGCCCUGACAGACAUUGACAGCCCCCAAAACCUGGUGACCGACCGGGUGACGGAGACCACGGCCUCCAUCUCCUGGGACCCGGUGCAGGCCGCCGUCGACAGGUACAUGGUGCGCUACACCUCCGCCGACGGAGACGCCCGGGAGGUGCCGGUGGGCAAGGAGCAGAGCAGCGCGGUGCUGACCGGCCUGCGGCCGGGCGUGGAGUACACGGUGUACGUGUGGGCUGCGCUGGGGGCCCGGGAGAGCCGGAAGGCCGACACCACGGCCGAGACAGAAAUUGACAGCCCCCAAAACCUGGUGACCGACCGGGUGACAGAGACCACGGCCUCCAUCUCCUGGGACCCGGUGCAGGCCGCCGUCGACAGGUACAUGGUGCGCUACACCUCCGCCGACGGAGACUCCCGGGAGGUGCCGGUGGGCAAGGAGCAGAGCAGCGCGGUGCUGACGGGCCUGCGGCCGGGCGUGGAGUACACGGUGCACGUGUGGGCCGUGCUGGGGGCCCGGGAGAGCCGGAAGGCCGACACCACGGCCCAGACAGACAUUGACAGCCCCCAAAACCUGGUGACCGACCGGGUGACAGAGACCACGGCCUCCAUCUCCUGGGACCCGGUGCAGGCCGCCAUCGACAGGUACAUGGUGCGCUACAUCUCCGCCGGCGGAGACGCCCAGGAGGUGCCGGUGGGCCAGGAGCAGAGCAGCGCGGUGCUGACGGGCCUGCGGCCGGGCGUGGAGUACGCGGUGCACGUGUGGGCUGAGCGAGGGACCCGGGAGAGCCGGAAGGCCGACACCACGGCCGAGACAGACAUUGACAGCCCCCAAAACCUGGUGACCGGCCGGGUGACGGAGACCACGGCCUCCAUCUCCUGGGACCCGGUGCAGGCCGCCAUCGACAGGUACAUGGUGCGCUACACCUCCGCCGACGGAGACGCCCGGGAGGUGUCGGUGGGCCAGGAGCAGAGCAGCGCGGUGCUGACGGGCCUGCGGCCGGGCGUGGAGUACACGGUGCACGUGUGGGCCGAGCGGGGGACCCGGGAGAGCCGGAAGGCCGACACCACGGCCGAGACAGACGUUGACCCUCCCAGCAACCUCCGUCCCUCUGCCAUGACGCAGUCUGGCGGGGGACUGACCUGGACGGCUCCCUCUGCUCAGAUCGACGGCUACAUUCUGACCUACCAGCUCCCGGACGGCACCACUAAGGAGGUGCGGCUGGGACCAGGGGACCUGAGGUUUGAGCUGCAAGGCCUUGAGCAGGGCGCCGCCUACCCCGUCUCCCUGGUCGCCUUCAAGGGGGAGCGCCGGAGCAGGAGUGUCUCUACCACCCUGUCCACAGUUGGUGCCCGUUUCCCCCACCCCGCGGACUGCAGCCAAGUCCAACAGAACAGCAACGUCGCCAGCGGCCUGUACACCGUCUACCUGCACGGCGACGCCGGCCGGCCCCUGCAGGUGUACUGCGACAUGGACACGGACGGCGGCGGCUGGACUGUCUUCCAGAGGCGGAACACCGGGCAGCUGGACUUCUUCAAGCGCUGGCGGACCUACGUGGAAGGCUUUGGGGACCUCAGGAAGGAGUUCUGGCUUGGACUCGACAAGCUGCACAACCUCACCACCGGCACCCCGACCCGGUACGAGGUGCGGGCGGACCUGCAGACGGCCAACGAGUCGGCCUACGCCGUCUACGACUCCUUCCAGGUGGCCUCGGGCAAGGAGCGGUACAAGCUCACGGUCGGGAAGUACAGGGGCACGGCAGGGGACGCGCUCUCCUACCACAACGGGUGGAAGUUCACGACUUUCGACAGGGACAACGACAUCGCCCUCAGCAACUGCGCCCUGACGCACCACGGCGGCUGGUGGUACAAGAACUGCCACCUGGCCAACCCCAACGGCAGAUACGGGGAGACCAAGCACAGCGAGGGGGUGAACUGGGAGCCGUGGAAAGGACACGAAUUCUCCAUUCCUUACGUGGAGCUGAAAAUCCGCCCCCACGGCUACAGCGGGCAGCACCUCCUGGGCCGCAAGAAGCGGGCCCUGGGAGAAAAUUCGAGAACGUUCUGGUGACCCAUUUGCCCAUUCACCGCGCGCCAGGCA